CUCUGGGGGAACACACAGACUGAGUGUUCCCGAUAAUCUCAUUCCUGGUGCCGCCUGACAUCCGGCAGGGUGGGCUGUGUCCCUGGACUUCUGGGACACUGGCUGGGCUCUGAGGACAGCACUGAGGACUUAGCUGUCUGCAGGAUGAAGCUGGCCACCAGCUUCUUGGCCCUGUGGCUCAGCUUGGGGGGAGCCCUGGCUCAGAGCGACCCUGGCCCGGAAGCUGAGGAAUCUUAUUCCGACUGGGGCCUCCGGCACCUGCGGGGCAGCUUCGAAUCCGUCAACAGCUACUUCGAUUCCUUCCUGGAGCUGCUGGGAGGGAAGAAUGGAAUCUGUCAAUACCGGUGCCGAUAUGGAAAGGCACCAAUGCCCAGACCUGGCUACAAACCUCAGGAGCCCAACGGCUGUGGCUCCUAUUUCCUGGGUCUCAAGGUACCAGAAAGUAUGGACUUGGGCAUUCCAGCAAUGACCAAGUGCUGCAACCAGCUGGACGUCUGCUAUGACACGUGUGGGGCCAACAAAUACCGCUGUGAUGCGAAAUUCCGAUGGUGCCUCCACUCCAUUUGCUCAGACCUUAAGCGGAGCCUGGGCUUUGUCUCCAACGUGGAAGGGCCGUGAGGAACCGCUUGCCGCCCGCGGCCUGGCGGAGGAAGGCGUGCGGAGUGGCGACACCGCGGGCAAGGCGUGGGCACGCUAAAGGCAGCGGGAGAAGCGUGUUGGCCUCUGGAACCUCCUUCUGUUUACACGUUUCAGCAACGCUAACAACAGCAAACACUGCACCUGUCACGCUAUAACCUUGUCCAUGUAAAUAUAUGGGUUUUUAAAUGGAGAGUACCCAGGGGCUGGGGAUUUAGCUCAGCCGCACAGCGCCUGCCUGGCAAGCGCAAGGUCGUGAGUUCAAUUCCCGGUACCGGGAAUAAAUAAAUAAAUAAAUAAAUGUAGUGUACCCGAUAUGCAUAUGAACUGUUUGGACAACAUUUUUACAGUCUGCCUUCCACACAUUUAUCACUUUAAUAGCUGCUUGUCAUUGCAUUAAAUUUAUAUGUGAUGGCCCUUUAGCUCUGUUUGAUUGGAGGUUUUUUCUCCCUUAAAACAACGUUCUGUGAACAUGUUCGACAAACUUUUUGUUUUUGAGAAACCGCCAAGAUUAAAAUUUUUAGGUAAGAAAAGAUGAUGAUUUAAUGGUUAUUACUGCAUAUUAUCAAUAACUUUCCAGAAAAUGUACCAAUUUAUACCCACCACUGUAUACGUAUAACCUUGCAAGUGUUAUUUAGAAUUUUUAUAAAUUUAGCAUGUAUAAAGUGGCAUCCUUAAUUGGCACUUUUGUACUACUUUCACUUCCCAUCUCACUCUUUGUCUUUUCUUGCU